AUGAAGUACACAAGUUCCAUCUUUGUUCUUCAGCUCUGCAUCAUUCUUGGUUUUUCUAGCGGUUUCUGCAAGUCACAGUUUAUGAAAGAUAUAGGUGUUCUAGCGGACUACUUUGAAGCACAAGGCUCAGAAGCAGGAGCUAAAGGGCAUCUUUUCAUAGACAUUUUGAAGAACUGCCAAAAUGAGAGUGAUAAAAAGAUAUUUCAGAGUCAGAUCAUCUCCUUCUACUUCAAGCUCUUCGAAAUAGCUAAUAAGACCAAUGAGACUGUCAAAACCAGUGUGGACACCAUCAAAGAACACAUCAUCAGUAGAUUCUUGAGAAACCAAAGCAACCUGGAGAUCUUCCAAAACCUGACUCAGCUUUCGGUCAGAGACAAGAAUGUCCAGCGCCAAGCAAUCAUUGAGCUCAAAACUGUCAUGGAAGAUCUGGGACCAAAGCAGAGGAAGCGGAGAAGGAGCCAGACGCUGUUCGCAGCUAGAGCACAUCCCAAUAAGAAUCACGCUGCCUACAAUAUUUGA